AUGGCGUCCACGCUCGCGUUCCAUCCCGCGCUCGCCGCCGCGUCCGCGCCCCGCGCGCGGUCCCGCCGCGCCAGCGACCCGUCGCGCGCGACGCUUCGCUCGCGGGCGCCGCCGAAACGAACAACAAGAUCAUCCACCGUCGGCACGUCCGCUUCCUCCUCCUCCUCCUCCUCCUCCUCCGUCGCGGUCGCGGACGACGACACGGACGCGAUCGACGGCGUCGUCCCCGCGUUCGGCCCCGGGUCGCCGCCGUGGCCGGUCGUCCACGCGGAGCUCAAGGCUGCGACGAGAGGAACGGUGCGGACGAUAUCCCCGGAGGAGGCGAAGCGAAUGAUCGACGCCGGAGGCGCCGCGCUCGCGGACGUCCGACCCAGGAUCGAGCACGAGGAGUUCCGCCCCGGCGCCGCCGCGGACGACGACGCCGCCGCGACGUCGACGUCUUCUUCGUCGACGUCUUCUUCGUCGAGCGCGAAAUACGUCGUGAACGUGCCGUACAUGGUCCCGCAUCGGAGCGUCGCCAAGCGGUGGCAAGGGUACAUGCUCUGCACGAAGGACGGCUUGAAGGAGCGAGACCCGACGUUCACGCGUUCGUUCGCGGCGGCGUUCCCGGACAAGUCCGCGCCGAUCGUCGUCGCGUGCAAGUCCGGCGGGGACAUCUCGCAGGAGCCGAUCACGAUCGAUCCGACGACGAAGCGGCAGGUCAUCCCGAAGGGGAGCUCGCAGUACACGGACAAGAGCAAGUCGCUGUCGUUGUACGCGAUUUACGAGCUUCAACAAGCCGGGUACACGAACUUGUAUCACCUCGACGGCGGCGUCACGGAGUGGUGCGUGAGAGGGUGCGAACACGUGGGCGACCCGUUCAAGUUUUACUUUCACCCGACGAUCCUGCCCGGGAUCUUGUUUCAGCUGAUCGCCGUGGAGGGCAUCGUCGUGCGGUCGAACAUGGCCUACGUCAAGAAGUUCCACCCGGAGACGUUCGACAAGAUCAACGAAGGGAACGCGUUGUACGCGGCGGUGAACGACUUCAUGGCGAACUCGCCGAUCAACUGGAUGUUCGAUUAUUACAACUGA